AUGAGAGCUGGACUGCGAGCUGGGAGCCGGGUGGGCCACCCUAGAUCCACGCAGCGCGCAGGAGAGGAGCGCCACAGCCGCGACCUAGAGUGGGCCCGGUCAGCAGCAGCAAGAGGACGAGGGAUGCGCGAGUGGUCCCGCACAGGAGGACGCGGCUCACCCGGGGGCGCAGCGGACAAAAAGCAAGGCACGGCGGAGGAGGCGCGCUGCGGAGGUGAACCCCCUCUCCCCAGCGAUGGAAAGGCACAGGUGUUCACGAACUAG